AUGAAUGCUACGGACGGGGUUAUCAAGACGACAGCCAAGCCUGCCGAUGGAGAGGAUGAAAUCUCGAUAAGCGUGGGGGAGGUCCUCGGAAAGGGUUCUUCUUGUGUGGUGCGCUCCGUGGCUUUAUCAGGUGGAGACCGCUUUGCUGGCAAGUUCUUCGAUGCAGAUCCACAGCUUGCUGCGCACGAGGCGAAGAUGCUCAAAGCAGUCGCUGGAGACUGCAUCGUGAAGAUGUUUGGCACCUUCACUUGCGUGGUUGAUGCAUGCCAACAUGGAAAUUUUAGGAGCAUGAAGCAACGGCCUGCCCCUGCCCGGAAGGCCAGAACCAGUUCACAGGUUUUUCCCGAGCCAGAGCCAGAUGUCUCUGAGAUGGAAGCCGUAAGAACCCUGCACUUCAUCCUUGAGGAAAGAUGCGAGCGCACAUUGCAGCAGCUGUGCAAGACCCGAUCAGUUUCUGAGGGGCAGGCGGCUUUUGUCAUGUCUUCUCUGCUUCGAGGCUUGGCCCACAUGCAUGCGCUCUCUGUUGUUCAUCGGGAUGUUAAGGAUACAAACAUCAUGAUCGCCGCUGGCGGAUCCCGAGUCGUCCUGUGUGACCUAGAGCUUUCUGCAGAGUUGCCCAAGGGGUCAGACUGGAUUCCAUGGACAUGUGGCACGUACGGUUUCAUUGCUCCUGAAGUUCACGUGCGAGCAGUCGGCGGACGGAAGGCAGACAUCUUCUCUGCGGGUGUGGUGAUGUUCCUUUUGCUCACAGGCUGCCAUCCCUUCUUGGAAGAGUCAAGGGCCGAAACGAUGCUUGCCACCGUCAGUCGCCAGCUCCCGUCUGAGCCUGGUGGACUUCUAUCCGGGAAGUCACAGGCAAGCUGUCAGCUGAUGACAUGGAUGCUGCAGAAGUCCAGCUCUGACCGUUGCAACGCCGAAGACGCCGUGAUGCAUGAGUGGCUCCAUUUUGCCGAUCGGGAUUUGAGCUCUGUGCUUCUCCCAGAGGCGACGGAAGCGGACACCGACAUCGCUACUCCAACACCGACUUCGAAUCCCAAGCCAAGGGCGCUUCUUGCCAAGGCUGGAUCCGCGUUGACAAUGACGAAUGCAUCGUCCGGCCCACGUCGAAUGUGGAACUAUGCUUGCAGUGCUGUGAAGGCAGCGUCCACCUCAGUUUCCCAUGUUCGCUUUGCUUCCCGCCGUCCUGCCAAAAUCCACGACUUCUGCGGGGUGGUCAGUUGA